UAUUAUCUUCUUGGAAUUAUAUCAGGAUUACACCUUAUCUAUGAUAUUCUUGUUUUACGCGUAAAAAAAGAAAAGAAAAGAAAAGAAAAGAAAAAUCCCACCCCAUCACCAACUGCCACCUUCCUCUCAUCUCCUCUGUUUUCUUGGAGCCGUCGGUUCGCCGUUUUCCCUGAAAUUGGAAUUAAAAAAAAGAUGAGUACUAUCUUAAAUCAAUCCAUCACACCCCACAGGCAGCCAUCAUUUCCUUCAAAAGGUGCCACUUCUCAGGAUAUAUCUCAACAUGUUCCAAUGAUUCCCUCGUUUCAUGAAUCACAAUCCUUAAGGGCAUUACAAUCAUUGAAGAAAAAUACAUUAACUACCACAAGUGCAGGAGCCAGGAAGGAAGAAUCAUUCUCCAAGAAUACUGAGGUUGAUUUUGAGAAGCACAAACUAAAUGGGAUGCUUGAUUCCAUCACUAAUGGUGUUUGCAAAGCCCCUCAGUUGUUUAAGAGUGAAGACAAUUUCAAUCUCCUAAUGCAGCCCAUCACCCAGAUUGAACAGUUGAAAAUACAUGAUAUUGUGGCUAGUGAUGCUGAAUUCAAACCCUUCAAUCUGAGCUUCUUCCAUUCCCUCGUGGAGAAUGAAAAGAGUAAUCUGAUAAAAGAUGUCAUGGGAGAGCUUGACCUUUUCUCUGCUAAGCAAAAUGAUGUUCUGGUAGUGGCUGUUUCUUCCGCUGUGAAGCUCGAAGGCAAACAGCUGGAUCAGAUUGCAAGGAAAAUGCAGAGGAUGACUGGUUCCGAUAAUAUGAGGCUCGAAAACACCGUUGAUCCAUCACUAAUUGCUGGGUUUGUCAUUAGCUAUGAAAAGGAAGGGUCACAUGUGAUUGAUCUCAGUGUGAAAGGCCAGUUGGCUGAGCUGGUAGCCAGAAUUGAAUCUACGGAUCAAAGGAUUGUAGCGCUUGCUGAAAUGAAUACUUCUCUUAUUCGUGAAAGCUAAGUGCUUUUGCCACAUUUAUUGAACACCUCUGUCAGUAUACAAGCCUAUGAUGCUAUGCUGUCCAGGUCUCAAAUUUUGACGUCGGAGAUAACAUGCUCUCUCUAUCUCGCUCUCUCUCUCUCUCUCCUCUUUCUUUUUGCUCCAUCGGCCAUUUAAUAUUUUAUCGCCAGGGUUGGAAGAUCACUACUAUAUGUGAUCAGAUGCUGCUAUAGCGAUAAAAGGGUACUUAGAUUACCUGGAGUUGUGGGUUUUGUAGUCUCAGUAUUGACAUUCAUGUUGUUGUUGGCCUUAUGGACUUCCUAUUUAAAAUGAUUGAAGAAAGCAUGUAUAAUAUUUUAGUAAGAACUUACUAUUUGAACCA